UUCACACCCUUCACAGAAAAAAAAAUGAAAACACAGUCAUGGCCAGAGAGUUCAACAAUGGCGUUGGCAUUAUUAAUAAUAACACUCACCCUGCAAGUCUAUCAAUGUGGAAGCUGUUCGGACAAGGAACGAACUUCUCUACUUCGGAUCAAAGCCUCUGUCGCCCUGUUACACGACACUGGAAAUCCCCAAGUUCUUCCGUCGUGGACCGAUGAUCCAAAGUUCAGUGACUGUUGCCUCUGGGAGAGAGUUAACUGCAGCAUAACCUCCGGCCAUGUCGUUGAGCUCUCUCUCGACGGGGUAAUGAAUGAAACUGGCCAGAUUCUGAAUCUGUCUCUGCUCCGUAGUUUUGAGAAUCUUCAAAGCCUCGUUCUUUCGAGGAAUGGAUUCGGUGGCUUGUUCGACCAAUUCGAAGGACUCAUAAUGAAUCUGACAAAGUUGCAAAAACUGGAUCUGAGUUACAACAGAUUCACAGGCUUUGGUCAUGGCCGUGGUUUAGCAAAUCCAGGGAAUUUACAAGUGUUGAAUCUCAGAGGCAAUCAGUUGAUUUCAGCCCCUGAAGGAUACUUGGAUAUUUGCGGAUUAACGCACCUCCGAGAGCUGGAUUUAAGCAGCAAUGCCUUAACCGGCCUGCCUUAUUGCUUCGGCAACUUAUCCCGUCUUCGAACGCUUGAUCUGUCGCACAACGAGCUGAGUGGGGACCUGUCAUCGUUCGUGUCCGCUCUACCGCCUCUAGAGUACCUGUCCCUUCUCGAUAAUAACUUUGAAGGUCCAUUCUCGUUCGACUCAUUGGUUAAUCAAUCAAGCCUCGAGGUAUUCAGAUUAUCAUCAAGAGUUGGUAGAAUCCAACUUGUUCACCCUGAAAGUUCUUGGACUCCAUACUUUCAGCUAAAGAUAUUACAGUUAUGGAACUGCACUUUUGAGGAUUCCAUGCUCAGGUUUGUCAUUCAUCAGCACGAGUUGCGAGCCAUCGAUCUUUCUCAUAACCAGCUCGUCGGUUCAUUCCCGGACUGGCUGCUGAAGAACAACACAAUGUUACAAAUGGUUUUGCUGAAUGGUAACUCCUUAGAGAAGCUCCUGUUACCUGAUCUUGUUCACGGGUUGCAAGUUCUUGAUAUUUCGAACAACAGGAUCUCGGGUUCGGUUCCGGAAGACAUUGGAAUCGUCUUACCAAACCUGACGUAUAUGAACUUCUCGAACAAUCAGUUCCAAGGUCGUAUCCCUUCCUCGUUUGGCGAGAUGAAAAGCCUAAGGUUGUUGGACAUGUCCUCUAAUAGCUUAUCAGGGCAGUUGCCUAAACCUUUCCUAACCGGUUGCUCCUCAUUGCUCCUUUUGAAGCUCUCCCACAAUCAGUUACAGGGGAAAGUCUUUCCGGGUUACUCAAAUCUUACCGAUUUGGUAGCGUUACUUCUCGAAGGCAACAAUUUCAGCGGGAGUAUCGGAAAAGGUCUGUCCAACUCAGUCAAGCUUCAGCACAUAGACAUAUCGGAUAACAUGUUGUCUAACGAGCUUCCUCAUUGGAUCAGUAGAUUAUUGAGACUCCUGUUUUUACGUCUGAGAGGGAAUCGGAUACAAGGUCCUUUCCCACAUCAGUUACAGGAACUGACAAGGCUUCAAGAGGUGGACAUUUCAGACAACAACUUGUCUGGUUCUCUGCCAUGGAAUCUGAACAUCUCAUCACUUAGGGAACUGAAGCUACAGAACAACGGCUUGGAAGGGCACAUCCCAGAUUCUUUGUUCGAGUCCAGGGUAUUAAAGGUGAUUGAUCUGAGGAACAACAAACUCUCUGGAAAUAUCCUGAAUUCCAUAGGAAAGAUCUCUCCUUUGCGCGUUCUUCUUCUGCGUAACAACCGCCUACGAGGUCAUAUCCCCGAGAAAAUAUGUCAUUUGAGCAAAGUUAACCUCUUGGACUUGUCUCAUAACAAGUUCAGAGGAUUCAUGCCUUCAUGUAUUGGUAAUAUGUCAUUUGGAAUGCAUGGAUACGAGGACAGCAACGAGAUGGGUGUAUGUAUCGAUUUCAUCAGUCUAAAUAUCGGUUUCUGGGAAUAUUUCCAUUACUCGUCAGACCUCGUCCUCGAAGACACGUUGGAAACCAACCAUAUAGUCGAGCCUCCGAUCCUGGCCGAGUUCCUGGCGAAACGCAGAUACGAAUCGUUUCAAGGCGAGAUCGUUUCCGACAUGUUCGGGUUAGAUCUAUCGAGCAACGCACUGUCGGGUAGCAUCCCGGUUCAAGUCGGAGAUCUUCAGAAGAUCCAUUUCCUGGAUCUGUCUCGUAACAGAUUUACAGGUUCCAUACCCGAAAGCGUUGCGAAGCUGAAGAACAUCGAAAGCUUGGAUCUUUCGAACAAUAACCUGACGGGUAACAUCCCGACACAGCUCUCGGGUUUGAACAACUUGGGAUACUUCAACGUAUCGUACAACAAUCUGUCCGGUCAGAUUCCUUUCAAAGAUCAUCUCACGACUUUCGACGAACAAAGUUACAUCGGCAACGAAGAUCUUUGCGGGCCACCGAAGAACAAGAGCUGUGUCCCUCUCGGGGUGCAAGAAUCAGAGAGAGAAGAGGAUGAAAACUAUGAAGAUGACGAUGAAGGUGACGUCAUCAUAGACAUGGAGUGGUUCUACUGGAGUUUUUCUGCAACUUAUGUCUCUGUAGUGUUUGGAUUCUUUGUGUUUCUCUGCGUAGAUUCUCGUUGGUCACGCCAAUGGUUUUAUUGUGUCGAUCUUUUCGUUAAUCAUCUCCUCCGGUGCUGGAAGUUAAACACGUUACGUGUUUAGUAAUAUAAUAUCUCUGUAACAUAUAUUUUGUUUAGAAUUAUAUCG